AUGGAAGUCAUACAAAAGCACGAGGCCUUCAAGAGGUCCGAUGGUAAAAUGCAAUUUGCCUACGUUGACGUCUACGUUAAGCAAGACGGGCUGCUAUACUCCGGAAAAUUGAUGAACAGAUUCGAGUUACUAAAGACGCUGGAGGAUCUCCACGAAGUCAAGCAGAUCUCAACUGAAGACAGGGGCCCAGAGGUCCAGAGUCGCGCGUGGUCAGCUGUCCACAUCAAAACACCCAGCCUCCUCUCGUUCGCCAACAAGAACCUCGAAGAGCGAAUCAUUUACGAAGUUGAAGCAUGCGAGAUCCUCCGCAAAAAUCCCCAUCCGAAUAUUGCGACAUAUUACGGCUACCAAGAGACCAACGGUCGAGUUUCAGGGCUAUGCUUCAAGCGGUACCCGUCUAGGCUUCUUGAAGCAGUCAAUCCUGGGUAUCGAAACAAAAUUGCCUUUCGCGCAAGUGCGCGCGAGCUCGUGACGGAGGAUAUGAAAAGAAACCUGCAAGGGGUCUUGGCUGCAAUCAAGCAUCUACACUCGCUCGGGCUCGUGCACAAUGAUAUCAACCCGGCGAACAUCAUGAUCGACGAAGACGGCACGUUUAUUUUAAUCGACUUUGGUAGCUGUCGACCUAUCGGAGAGUCUUUGCGCACGGCCGGAAGAACUCAUCACUGGUAUGACCCUUCUGUUGAGAUCUCGCGCGAACAAAAGGACCUUGAUGCCUUUCAUGAGGUACAAACUUGGCUGACUGGAUCUGUGGACGAGGGUUUUCUCUUUGAAUGA